ACAAAACAUAUUUCCCUUUUAUGACCUACUGGACCUGUGUUCUACUCUGACAGCUUAUUCAACCCACAGUUUGCUUUUUGAAUGCCUUCAAAGGAAGGAAAAGCCUAAUUUGGGCUCAAAGUCAAUAUGUGGAAAAAUAUUUUCUUUUGCUUUUUACUUCUGGCUGUGACAACAAACCAGAUGGUACUUGGGCAAAACAGAAAGAAAGGCAGAAAUUCUUACUCCCUUGUGCAAAAUGAUGAAGGUGAUACGUGUCUCAUUGAUACACUGUUUAUCUUGGACAGCUCAGAAAGUGCCAAAAAUCAGUUGUUUGACUUACAGAAGAAUUUUGUUCAAAAUUUAAGUGAAAGCAUUUUCCAGAUGAAGCCAGUUAAGUCUCAGAAGUAUAAUGUCAGACUAGCGAGUAUGCAGUUCAGCAGCACAGUCAGAAUUGACCAGCCCUUCACAGCCUGGAAAAACCUGCAGAAUUUUAAAGAGAAAAUCAUGUCUCUGGGCUUUAUUGGCCACGGCACCUACUCCUACUACGCGCUUUCCAACGCCACUCAGCUGUUUAAAACAGAAGGUCGUAAGAGAAGCGUGAAAGUGAUUUUUUUGAUGACGGAUGGUGUGGAUCAUCCCAACAGCCCUCAUGUCCAGGGUAUAGCCACAGCAGCCAGGAGUCUCGGCAUACAUUUUUUUACUAUUGGCCUUACUAAGAAGAAAGUCCAAGACGAAAAGCUGCGGAUGAUAUCUGGUGAUUCAUCUUCUAAACGCGUCUUGUGCCUGGAUGAUCAGAACCUGAUUGUUGAUGUAGCAUUGGAAUUGGAAGCCUUGCUUCAGAAACAGUGUAUGCGGAAGAACUGUGUGUGUGAAAAGGGAGUAAAAGGAGACAAAGGUGACUCUGGAAGUGCUGGUAGCAGAGGGGAAAGAGGUGAGCCAGGACCCAAAGGAAACAAGGGCGAUGCUCAAAAAGGAGAUGCUGGAGAAAAAGGUGAAGAGGGAGCUCCUGGCUACAAGGGAGACAAGGGGGAAAGAGGCGAAUGUGGAUCCCCAGGAAUAAAAGGGGAAAGAGGUUUGGAAGGUCCUUUUGGCCCCAGGGGACCUCGAGGACCUCAGGGUAUCAGUGGACCUCCAGGGGAGCCAGGCCCAAAAGGUAUUCAAGGAAGCAAGGGAGAGCAAGGCCCUCUAGGUCCCUAUGGUCCUCCAGGACCCCCCGGUGUUGGACAGCCCGGACCCAAGGGUGCUCGAGGUCAAGAAGGUAAAAUUGGAUUCCCAGGACCUCCUGGAAUUGGUGAACCAGGAUUACCUGGACCACGUGGCCCUGAUGGUCUGCCAGGUGAGAAAGGUCUACCAGGAGAGGGCAUUCAAGGCCAAAAGGGUGAAAAAGGCUCUGAAGGUGUAGCCGGUCCUCCUGGACUGCCAGGUCAACAAAUCAAAGGUGACAAGGGUGAACAAGGCCAAGUAGGACCACAGGGCCCAGCAGGACCACCAGGAAUAGGCAAUCCAGGAAGCCAGGGUGUACAGGGUCCACAGGGAAACCCUGGGGCAAAAGGAUCUAAAGGUUUUGGGCUGCCAGGUCCAAAGGGUCAACCAGGUGAACCUGGACAAAAAGGGGAACCGGGACCUCCAGGAAUUGGUGUGCGAGGACUUAAAGGAGAUAUAGGUCUGUCAGGACUCCCAGGAGAGAGAGGGGUGCAGGGAGAUCCUGGGAAGACAGGGAAAAAGGGAGAAAAAGGAGAUCAAGGUCCCAGAGGCCCGGAAGGAGCCCCCGGCAAAGGAGAUGUGGGCCAAAAGGGCGACCCCGGAGAAAAAGGAUCCCAAGGACCGAUUGGUUCUAAAGGAGCACAAGGCCCAGCUGGACCAAAAGGAGAACCAGGAGAGAGAGGACCACCUGGUGUUGCUGGAUCAUUGAUUCAGGGACCUGCUGGACCAAAGGGGGAUCCAGGACCCAAGGGACCACCGGGAGAUGAUGGACUUCCUGGAAAUUCAAUAAUGGGACCAACGGGUAACCGGGGACUACCUGGGCUACCUGGACCCCGUGGAGCAAAAGGCGAUGGCCACAAAGGUGAACCUGGACCUCCAGGACCAGCAGGACCCCCAGGACCGGCAGGCCCAAAAGGCGUGGGAGAUGCUGGACCAAAGGGGGACCGUGGGAUGAGAGGGUAUCCUGGGCCACCGGGGCCACGGGGCAGCGGGACAGUUGGUCCCAAGGGUGCUAUGGGACAGAAAGGCUUGCCUGGUCCACCCGGUCUCCCUGGCGACAGCAUACAGGGAAGCAAGGGAGAAAAAGGAAAUCAAGGUUUGCCUGGCCUAAAGGGAUCGAUAGGAAUUGGCCUUCCUGGACCAAAGGGAGACUAUGGAGAUAAAGGUGAUCCAGGAAGCAAAGGAGCCAAAGGAGAGAUUGGAGACCCAGGACCUCCAGGACCAAAGGGAAUUUGGGGAAGAAAAGGUGAACCUGGCCUUUCGAGAGAAGAAGUUAUCAGACUUAUCAGUGAAAUCUGUGGGUGUGGUAUCCGAUGUAGGAUAACACCACUGGAACUAGUAUUUGUCAUCGACAGCUCAGAAAGUGUUGGGCCAGAUAACUUUGGUAUCAUCAAAACUUUCAUGAAAACGGUCAUUGACAAGGUGUCGGCCAACCACGCCACAACCCGCAUCGGCAUUAUCAACUUCAGCCAUAAAGUGGAGCUGGUGUCUUCUCUGAAGCAAUACUCCACCAAAGAACUCCUGAAAUCGGCCGUCAACAAAAUGCCCUACUUGGGUGAAGGCACCUACACGGCUUCCGCUGUCCAAGAAGCCAUUCGGCUGUUCCAGGCGGCGCGCCCGGCGGUCAGAAAGGUGGCCGUGGUGAUAACAGACGGACAGGCGGACGCCCGGGAUGAGGUCCAGCUGGAUACUGUCAUCAGAGAGGCCCACGCCACCAACAUCGAGAUCUUUGUCAUCGGGAUCAUUCAAAGGACUGAUCCUCAUUAUGAUGAUUUCCUGAGGGAAAUGCAGCUCAUUGCAACCGACCCUGACGAAGAACAUGUUUACCAGAUAGAUGACUUCAUGACGCUUUCAGCUCUUGAAAAUAAACUGAUCACAAAAAUCUGUGAGAAUGUGUCCGAAAUCUACGCCAGAAAAGAGAAUGUUUUGUCUCCGUCUCCGAGCCCGGAAUCUGAAAUUGCUAAUGAAGAUACCACUAAUAGCCACUUUCCAAAAAUUACUACUUCGGAGAUUUAUACGCUCCCUACGGAAGGAAUUAGUUUUCCAGCCCCUGAGCCCAGAGAGAAUGUUGAUUUGCAGCUGAGCCCACCCAGGACCAGGGAUAUGGGGCCACUGCCUCCUGCUCGGGAUCACGCCACGACCCCCUCUGCUCACAGAGAAGGGGGGAUUCCCCCGCUCUACCACAUGCCCGACGUCAGACCCGAGAGGCCAGUUGUCCAUUCUUGGGUCAACGUAACUGAAAAUCACCCAACUGUGUGGCAAACACAGGUAGCAACAGCCCAAAAAGAUCCGAGGUGCUCUGAGCCCAUGGCCCCAGGGGAUUGCCGGGACUACGUGGUGAAAUGGUAUUACGACAGGAACGGCAACUCCUGUGGCCAGUUCUGGUUCGGAGGUUGUGGUGGCACCAACAACAGGUUUGAAACAGAAAAAGAAUGUCGAGAAACCUGCAUCGACUGAUAAAGCUGACUGCUCUUCAGUGUUUUCAAAGCCAGAAGUUCGUGUCCAUGGAGGAAGAAAUGACUGAGAAGAAUCCAGAAGGCCGUGUUAACAUGAAUAUAUUACUGCCACGCUCUGCUGCUCCCCCACUCUGGCAUUCCCAUUAACCAAAUUCCCCUAUAACCUGUGUUACCUGCAACACCACGGCAACAACUUCCAACCGCACACACACACUCAGGAACAGACCUUUUCCCUCCAGAUUUAUAUUAACUUGUUACUACUGCAUGUGGGAACGAUGUAAUUCUCUUUUUAAGGACUAAAAUGUUGAAAGUGUUAAACAUUUAAUGACAGAGGUCUCUUAUUCUCUUGGAAGAAUAAAAUAUGCUCUAGUUUUAAACGUAA